UCUCCUGAUAUUGGUACGAGUCACAGGACAUCCGAAAAACCGGGCCAAUCACCUGCUGAGGUAGAUCUUCAGAGCCUCAGGGCCAAUCCCGAAGUUUUUCUUCCUACCGAGGAAUGAUUAGCUUCGGAACAAGAAGCAAAACCUGAAGCAGAAGCAGUUGCACGCAUCUCCACAGAAGUGGUUGCAUUUCAUUGUGCUGCUCGCUCUCAUAUGGAUGCUCAUACUUAACUGCAUGAAAGGUUGGCCGCAGGAUAUCUGAUGCAGCACGUGCUUCUUCUCUAGGCGGAAAUGAUUUCAACGGCGAAUGUUUUAUAAUACAACUAGAGUUAUCAAAGGCUUUUAGGAUUUAUAAUUCAGACGGAAGUUAAACCAAAAUGUUCACAAUCUUUAAGAAAACUUCUUUAAAGUAUUUCCCUUUUCUCUCCAAAAAAAUAGCAUCUCUUUAAAUACCUGCAUUUAACGAAACAUCGAUAAUAAUGUGAUUAUCAGCGUCAUUAUAUAAUCUAAAAUUUUGAUGGCUGAUUUAUAUGCAUUAUGAGAAAUCAAAAAUAUUUCAGUAUUGUGUUGUAUUUCUGUAAUCAUUUAACAUUACUGAAGUAUUAAUAUUUCUGUAUAACACUAGACUCUUAUUUAAAUUUUGGCAACUAAACAUAAAAUGUCAGAUGAAUCGUUUUGAAAUGUAUGCCACGGGCUAAGUAAUACAUCAGAAGCAUACAAAAUACACUACUUAAGUGUUUAAAUCUGUACAUAAAAUGUGAGGGAAAUUUCUAGUCUUAAAAUGUUAUAUGAUAAUAGUGCAAAUUUUAAGUUUGUAAUGCCCGAAAAACUGGCUUGCUCGGCAUGCAGCUGACCUAUUUAAUUGCUUGGCUUCUGGCAAGCCCCGCUUGGGUUUGCGGGCAGACUAUAGGACAUGUGACUAGAGAUUAUUUUGGAGAUAUAUUCAGCCUUGAAGAUUGUGAACCUUGUGAUGAGUCAGGAAGAAAAGCAGCUAACAUCCCAGGCGAAAAAUGUCGCUGCCAGUGUGCCCCAUCACAUUAUACCUUUCGAGAAGAUAUGAAGCAGUGCAUCAAAGAUGUUGGAGAAUGUCCUGUUGCCAUGUUUGUUCGGCCCUUUGCCCCACCUUCCCUUCCCCCUUUGGGAGGUUUUGCAGAAAGAAUUCCUUUGGUUUUCCUUCCAAUGACCGGGCAGCUCAUCCAUCCUGGAUCAUAUUUGACAGUAUCUGGAAUCACAAGACUGGCUCCUAAGCACCACCUUUCUUGCAAUGUAAAGGCCUCGUUGUUGAUGACAUCACACGGAUGGCAACCAAUAAGAACACCGUCUGAGAUAUUCGGCGUAUAUUACGACGGCAACAAAACUUUUUUGCAAUGGCUAGGAGAUGAUGAAGAUCGUCGCCACCUUCAACAUCAUUUGGUUUUAAUACGGUUGUUAUGCGAGGGAGAGACGUCAAACGGAACCUUUGAGCCAUGUGCAGCUUUGAGAAUAGGAUGGGCCCCAGGUCUGGAACCUGAAUUGAUUGAUCAGUCUACAAACAAGAAUAACUUUAUAAUCAUCGGACUGUGCCUAGGAAUCUUGGGGCUGAUAUACGUGGGAGCAGUACUUAUUUAUCUCAAAGUACGCAAAAAUAGGCGACAGUUGGCGACAAGGCAGGGACUUGCACCUUCCCAUAAUACCAUCGAAUCUGCAGAGGAGGACAGCAAUUCUACUCAAUUACGAAACGCAUAUAUCAAUAAUUUAGUUCAAGAAGCUGAAUUCACCACCAAGAGUUCACCGAAGGGUUCAUCCACCCAUAGGCCAGCAUCCGACCAUGAUAAUGGUUCAUCAGAGGGAAACCAUCAGUCAGAAACAUCGAUAACCCAGGACACCACCCAUAACAAAACUAAUGGCAAAAAAUGUUCUCACUAUGAAAAUUACUCAAGGACUUCUGCCGAUAUUCCUGAUGACCUCAUUAUUACCUCCACACAACCUCCAACACAGGAAUUUUUUGUCCGAAUUCGUGGAAUGAUAUCUGCAGCUAAAAACCGUCUCAACAGCUUCAGGUACAGACCAACUCUCCUUGUCAUUCCAGAAGAUGAUUAUUUUUAUCAGGAUUUUAAAGAAAGAGAUGAAGCAUCUGGAAACAGAAAAACGACUUUCAAGAAAUUCAACGGCAAGACAACCAGCUCUCCUAUCACAAGUAAAAUGGAGUCAAUUCAUGGAUCCAACCUUGGAGCAGCCAUGCUGGAAGCUAAAUUAGCUCCUCCAUUGCCACCUCCACGAAAUUCGAAGCCAAAGAGCAAAAAACGAGCUCCUUCUCCACCAGGGGAGAGGAUUUCUACGCCAGAUUAUUCUCGGGAAACGCCAUCACCUGUCAGUUUGAAAGACUUCUCGAAUAGCAUGGAGAGAAAGAACGGAAGGAUAACAACAGUGAACUCCGAAAAUUAUUCAAAAUUUGAUCUAUUCCGACUUGAUCUGUAUGAAAAAAUCAACAGGAUGAGAGAAGGUGGUAGCACAGAAAACGAAAUUGCUGUUUUGGAAAUGAAUUGUGAACUUAAUCGAAUGAAAGAGGACAUAUAUGAUGCAGAAUCUGCAAGUCAUCAUAAAGCAGAUGAUAGAAAUGGAAAAGAGGGCUCUUGUAGAAAUCUCGAUUAUCCACCUGGAAUCCAAGACAUAAAAAUAUCGCGUCGUCAGCUCCUCUAUAAAUUAGAAACAGCGAAUAUGAACGGUUCUGAUGAUGAAGAAAAUGAUGUAGAGUCGAGAGCAAAAGCAGAAUUUUCUAACACAAAAAACGGAGCGUCAAAUAGAUCCGUCAAAGAGGAUUAUGAGCCGGAUGAUGAUGAUGAUGGGGUGCCAUCACAUGUCGGAAGUGUCAUCGAAGAUAGCGUUAUAAACGAAGCAAGCAUCACAUGUAGUUCUAGACCAGGCACUGCGAUGAGUAAUUCUUCUGCAAGAACUACGAGUAGUCAACCCUCUACAAUGAAAGAGAAAUUAUUAAUUCGAGAAAAUAGCCAUCCUCUAAUAAAACGGGAUGAUUUAAGUGAGUGUUCGGAAACUUCGGAAGCAUCUUUAUCUGGAGAUUCAUUAAAUUCAAGUUUUAGAAAACAAGUUCGCUCACCUUCUUUGCUGGAGUCGAGAAGAUCGCUUAAGAGUACAGAAGAUUUGUCCAUGAUUUCAGGCUCAAGUGUUAUAACUUCAUCGACCGCUAUCAAAGAAAUAGAAGAUUAUGACGAUGAUGAUGAUGACGAUGAGGACCCUGAUGUCGAUGAGGAUGACAUGACCGAUAUAACAACGCAGGAUGAUGAUAGCAGAUUCAGUACAGAUUUGGAUGCUGAAAUUUACAGCUUGGACGACAGUGAGCACCCUUCUUUGGAAGAAUACCUACAGCUUUCUUCUCAAGUUGCUAAAAAAUUGUCUGAACGAACUGUUCCUGCCUUCAGUAAUGAUUCUCCAAGAGAAAAAAAUGUUAUUAGUCAAUUUAUGAAAGAAUUCAAAACAACAAUCGGGAGGCUGAAAAUGGCCGAAGAUAGCAAACUGAGAUCAAUGCGUACCACCUCACCAGGGGCUGAUAAUUGGACUCUAAAAAGGGAAGAAACGAGAGCCAAAGUAGCGCGUCGAGUUAGUAUUUUUAAACGCAAUCCUUUGAAAGGCAGAAAAAAUGAAGAACCUUUGGUCACGGAAGAUAAUGGAAAAAGUUAUUAUGAUAUGAAUUUAGUGAGCGAAACGGACCGUGAUGCUGCUAGCAGUAGAUCUUCAACUGCCUCGUCAUUGAGUAGCAAAAGAUCAAAGUACAAAAGCAAAACUCCAGAGAUAGUCCCCUCUGCUAAAGUAGUUGAUUUCACUGGUGAUAAAACAAUAAUCUCAAUCACGAAUGAUACAAAGGGGUCAAUUGGAUUACCGGAAAGGAGGUAA